AUGAAACACUUGUUCGAGGACCAACCAACCAUUGAGAAUUCUAAUGAGGCAUCAACUAGUGAUCAAUCUAAGUAUGAUCAAGAGAUGGGGUCCAAUGCAACGCCAAGGAGUGUAGAUGUUUUGAUCAACAAAGCUUCUUGUUGCUCUUUCCCAUAUCAGAUGGACAUAGAUUCAUUGCGCAAAGUUUUAGCAGAGGCAUUGGGGACAUUCAUUCUGAUGUUUUGUAUAUGUGCAAUCAUAGCAAUCACUCAGCUUAUGGGUGGCCAAGUUGGCCUCUUGGAAUAUGCAGCCACGGCAGCUCUCACGGUGGUGGUGGUGAUUUUCUCCAUUGGAGCCAUCUCUGGAGCGCAUGUCAACCCUUCUAUCACUUUUGCCUUUGCUACUUUAGGUCAAUUUCCAUGGUCCCAGGUACUAAUAAGAGUCAUGUCGUCUUAG